AUGAACUGGGCGUUUUUGCAGGGCCUGCUCAGCGGGGUCAAUAAGUACUCCACGGCGUUCGGUCGUAUCUGGCUCUCCGUCGUCUUCAUCUUCAGACUCAUGGUCUUCGUCGUGGCUGCGGAGAAGGUGUGGGGCGACGAACAGAAAGACUUUGACUGCAACACCCGCCAACCCGGCUGCCACAACGUCUGUUACGACCACUUCUUCCCCGUCUCCCACAGCCGGCUCUGGGCACUCCAGCUCAUCUUCGUCACCUGUCCCUCGCUACUGGUCGUCCUCCAUGUUGCGUACAGAGAUGAACGAGAGCGGAAACACUGUCUGAAGCACGGCGAGGGAUGCACCCGUCUUUACGACAAUACGGGGAAGAAGCGUGGCGGCCUGUGGUGGACCUACUUCUUCAGUCUUCUGUUCAAGAUGGUGGUGGACGGCGUGUUCAUCUUCCUGUUGUUUUACAUCUACGAGGCGUACUUCUUCCCGCUGGUGGUGAAGUGCUCAGAGGACCCCUGUCCCAACGAGGUGGACUGCUUUAUUGCCAGGUAUUUUUGCUAUUAUUACAAACAGAGCACAACACUUUGUACUGAUCAUUGCCGUGGCCCUGCGGUUCUCCUGACCAUGUGACCUGACCACCAGGAGAAUCUCUGAGCCCUAAGUAAUCACAAAUGUAGCGAAUGACAUGAGCUAAUCCAGGAUGUGAUUACAAUGCAUUGUUAUUUUGAACAGCCAUAGGCCUGUAUUAUUUCAUGAAGCUCAUCUUUUAUUCUCUGCUCCCCCCCAGACCAACAGAGAAGCGAGUGUUCACAGUCUUCAUGGUGGUGGUUAGCUUCGUGUGUAUCCUCCUGACUCUGUGUGAGAUCCUCUACCUGCUGGGGAAGAAGUGCAGGGAGUGUGUUGGCGGUGGAGGGCCCCGUGCCAUCAGGGAGAGCCCCCGGUUCACCAUGCCAGCUACCAUACCCCUGACGGCGAACGAUAACUCUGUGUUCAAGAAGUCUGAACUGGAGAAGACGAAGAUGGCUGAUGGUGGAGUGGCUGAGACAGAGAGCCCUGCUCCGGGUUACAGUGUGGCUAUCUCCUAAGACUGUCAUCUUUAAUUCUGGUCCUGGAGACGCCAUAGCAUAGUGCAGGCUUUUCGUUCAUGCCCAGUACUAAUACAUGAUUAGAUGCAUCUAAUCAAGGCAUUGAUGAUUAGUGGAUCAGUUGUGGGUUAGUACUGGUCCGGAACAAAAGCCUAUGGAAAGCCUAUGGAGUGUUUGGCAGUAAUCAAGGCAUUGGGGGCCAGUAUGAAAAAAAUAAAAUAAUAAUAAUGUAUGCACUCACUAACUGUAAGUCGCUCUGGAUAAGAGCGUCUGCUAAAUGACUAAAAAUGUAAAUGUAAAAUGAUUAGUUGAUCAGUUGUGUGUUAGUGCUGGUCUGGAACAAAAGCCUACGGAGUGUUUGGCAGUGCACAACGUUCUGUCAUGUCUGUGUCAAGGACCUCAUACACUGUUUAGUCUGAGUAUGAAGAUAUGGGUCUAAUACUCCAAAAUGUUGUUUACAAAGUCACUGCCAAAAUGGGACAUCUUUUUUUUAUUUUAUUUUUACAUGUUUUAGUCAUGAUUGAUUAGAGUUUUUGUUUUUUGUAAGAAGUUUUUAUUUCAUGAAAUGUACAUUAUUUGUAGUCUUGUUCAGUUAUUGAUAUGCUCUUUGAUACCAUAUGUAAUAUAAUUUCAAGCCUAAUGAUUGUAGUCUGCUAAUAAUUUGAAAUAAAACAUUUUAUUAUGAAUUAUUUUUUUGUAUUUUCUAUAAAUAUAAAUGCUUCUUCAAUUUCAACUAAAAUAUCAUGAUGAUUUUCAACUUAAGUCAAGUUGACUUGGCUCCGUUGAGCACAAAACUUAGAGUAAAUCAGAUUGGACCGUCUUUUUCAUUCCAGCAACCAUUUUAGGGCACUUUACAUAAUAAUAAUAUGCCAUUUAGCAGACACUUUUAUCCAAAGCGACUUUUUUUGUGUAUGGGGUGGUCCCGGGGAUCGAACCCACUACCUUGGCGUUACAAGCGCCGUGCUCUACCAGCUGAGCUACGGAGGACCACAGGAGAUGCAACAGUGCUCCAUUAGAAGGUGUGGACUUGAGUAGUAAGCUUUGCAUAACGUAAUUAAACGGAUCACAUAUUUUAUGAAACAAAUCUCACAGACAAUGAUCAUAUGUGAUGUAUAAACUUUGAAUGAAGUUUUGUUCAAGAGCCACUCUAAAAAACAUUCACACGGGACCUUAAAUGUAACAAAGUUCAUUCCUUGUGCAAGUGGCAUGCAACUUACAAAACACCCGAUGAAAUCAAAGUGUUUUGGCAAUGAAAGAGAACCACAAAAUGACACACCUUGAUAAUGAAAUGAAUUAAAUCAUAGUUUAAUCUACAGGUUGGCGGUAGUAGGACAGGAGUGGUCAGUAAACAGGGGUGGUAGACUGGACUCUCUAGAUUAAAUGACCUGAUCACAGUCACAUCCGGCAUGACUCUACUCCAUCAGACUAGGCAGCAGCACUAGCUGUACAGCUGUGGGAUGGUAACAGGUGCCACCUUCUCUAGCUGAAUGAACUGUCUAGUCAGUCUAGAUAAGAGUGUCUGCUAAAUGACUCAAAAUGUAAAAUGUGCAUGUGUACAUUGCUGAAUGGGCAUGAACACCAAUGUUCAUGCCCAGUGUUUGAGUAUCUACAACUGUGAAUCAACAAAUACUACAACCACUAGUGGUCACCAUAUCAGUUCUCUGUGAGACUGGAGAGCACUAUGUCCAUAUCCCGAUACCUCCGUACCAAAGUUCCAGCUCUCCUGGCAAAUAAAGGAUCAGCGUUUUAUCUCGGAAUCUGUGGCAGGGCCGGAUAAAGGAGGGGCGACUAGGCAGACAUAGGGUGGUACCAAACCACACUCACCUGUGUGGGCCUGGGUUGGUACCAAUACCAGAGUCACCUGGUGGGAACACUUAGUCACCAUGACAACUCCAAUGUUGAUAGUGCAUUUGAUUUUAACAGGGUAUUAUUGCAUCACUAACUGGCCUGUGGAAAAAAAUAAAAUAAAAAAAAAUAAGCUUCACUGAUUCCAAAGCUUGACCACACCUCCAGAGAGGGGCUAAAAGACCAUGUCCAGACCUAGACCAGCCCUUGUUCAGCCCUGGCAUUCAACAGUCAAAUCAGACUGAGGCAACGUUGAACAGAGAGACAGACAAGCUAAAAAUGGAUUGAACAUCAGCCCAGUGAUCUGAAACAACUGUAAGUAUGACUUGACUAAUAAUCAAUCUGUAAUAGUGAUGCAAGUUACUUUUGUGUUUGAAUGGAAAUAUGUUAACAUGAUUUACAAUGCCUCAAAAUGAUGUGUAUUCAGCAACAAGUACCUGUUUUUGAAUAUCAUUCCACUGAUUUCAUAAAAAUUACUUUGCUCAAGAUGUUCCCCUAUGAAAUCCCGCAACAACAAAAUGUGAUUUUGUGAGCAUUAGACUCUUGAUGGAAGGCAAAUAGUGUUUUGAUCAAAUAUUAAAGCAGCCUUUCUUCAAAGAACCCACGCCUUUAAGCAAACAGCUUCAGAAGGUGAAGAGAGAGUCGCAGGGAGAUUUGGAUGAAAAGCUUGAUCAGAGUCUAAAUAAAAGGCUGUGAACAGAUCUUUCAAAAGAAAAAUACUUUAACACCCAGAAGAAACGUAUUUCUAUUUGUCAUUGAAGAGUUGUAAACAUAUUACAGUACAGUGCUCAGCAUAUGUGGGAACUCCUUCAAGACUGUUGGAAAAGCAUUCCAGGUGAAGCUGGUUGAGAGAAUGCCAAGAGUGUGCAAAGCUGUCAUCAAGGCAUUUGAAGAAUCUCAAAUAUAAAAUAUAUUUUGAUUUGUUUAACACUUUUUUUGGUUACUACAUGAUUCCAUAUGUGCUAUUUCAUAGUUUUGAUGUCUUCACUAUUAUUCUACAAUGUAGAAAAUAGUUUUAAAAAAAUAAGAAAAACCCAGGAAUGAGUAGGUGUGUCCAAACUUUUGACUGGUACUGUAUAUGUUUUUCAGCUGGUAGAUGAUUUCCUGUUGUUUGCAGCUUUAUCCAGAAAGCUUUUUGACCUAUCAUUCUGUAGCCUUCCAGUAGGGCAGGCGAUGGCAAUGCCAGUGUUAGGUAAUGCCAAGAGGUCUGGACCUUGAUUUUAAGUAGUUCCCUUUCCCUGACAUGGAGGAUGGCCUGGCUCAAUCCAUACCCUGGUUGUUCAACCAUUAUCCAUACACUUAUUAGUUAAUCACUUUCUCUUCUUCCUCCAGCUUCAAGUCCAAAGACAGACGCUCAUCCACACAGCCGGGUGAAAGUUCAACGGUGAAAGAAGGGGAUCCCACUCCGAUCUCACCAUGGACUGGAAGACGUUUGAGGCGCUGCUUAGCGGGGUCAACAAAUACUCUACCGCGUUUGGACGUAUCUGGCUCUCCGUGGUCUUCGUGUUUCGCGUCAUGGUCUUCGUCGUGGCCGCAGAACGCGUCUGGAGUGAGGACCAGAAAGACUUUGACUGCAACACCCGCCAACCCGGCUGUGCCAACGUCUGUUACGACCACUUCUUCCCCGUCUCCCACACCCGGCUCUGGGCACUCCAGCUCAUCUUCGUCACCUGUCCCACCUUCAUGGUCGUGAUGCACGUGGCGUACCGCGAGGAACGCGAACGCAAGUACCGCAUCAAACAUGGUGAGAACGCCCAUCUCUACGACAACACAGGACAGAAGCACGGAGGACUCUGGUGGACAUAUCUCCUCAGCCUCUUCUUCAAGACGACCAUCGAGGUGGCGUUCCUCUACCUCCUGCAUCUCAUCUACAACAACUUUGACCUGCCGCGACGCGUCAAGUGCGACCUCUGGCCUUGUCCCAACCAGGUGGAUUGCUACGUCGGCCGGCCCACAGAGAAGAGGGUGUUCACCUACUUCAUGGUGGGAGCGUCGGCUGUGUGUAUAGUGCUCAACGUGUGUGAGAUCUUUUACCUGAUAGCCAUCCGGGUGCUGAGGAUCAGCCACAGCAGAAGCCUCCACACCUCCCCCAAGAUGAGCUGCUCUGAGCUGGACUGUGAUGGGUGUCAGACGCUGCCGGUGACAGCAGAGGAGCAGAAGGGCAACGAGAAGAACAUCUGUCUUUUGAGUCAGACAUGA